AUGGCCACUUCAUAUCACACUCGCAAUGGCCGUACAAGCAAAAGAGGCGCUUUUGUAGACGGGAUCUGGCACUGCGACUGUCAACCACGUCUCCCUGCCGAUAAGUUGCAGACCAAGAAUGGAGGAAAGAAUCACGGCAGGUGGUUCUAUACAUGCCAGAAACCACAGCACAAACGCUGCAACUUCUUCCUCUGGAACGACGAUGCCAAAAUCCGUGAAGAAGGCGCCGUCUUGAAUAACUCUCGUUCAGAGCCACUUGCUCAACCGCACACUCCCCGAAAGACCGCAUCUAAUGCGCUUCCCCCGACACCGGACACAAGGCCCAAGUCGACCACUCCAUUCCUGCCGCGAGAUACUACUCCAUCGAAAGCGCACCACGAUGAGAGCUUUGAUUGGUCCUCCAGCAAUGAUGAAGAGCUGCUUCAGGCCGAACAAACUGUCUUAUCACAUAAGCCCCUUUUCGAAACUCCAAAGAAGGCGCCUCGAACGAAUCUGCUGACAUCUCCGGGGAAAAGGACCUUUGAGCAGACAGUGGGACAGAAAGCCACGGGUGAAGAGACCUGGCCGUUGAGCGACGAUGUUUUCACCACCCCGACAACAUCACACAGGUCAGGCGGAUCAGGCUUGCUCUCACCCACCAAUACUCCUGCUCGGGGACCCUCACAGCUCUUCCUCCCCGAAUCGGAACCGUCGACGCUUGCCUCUGAGGUGCUGACUUUACUGGCCGGUUCCCACAUCAGCUCUAAGGUUGAGAAGGAGCUGGUGGAUCUUCUCAACAGACAUGACUUGCGCACACAAGGCAUCAUCAAAGGCCGAGAUAUUUCUCGGCUGGCUGUCCAAUCAAAAGAGCAGAAGAUAAUCGAGCUUCAAGCUCGGAUUUCUACCCUCGAAGCCGAAAAAGAGACAAACCGCAGAGUCAUUACUUACCUAAAACAAGACAUCGCAACUUCCCCACGAAAGGGUAGACCCAAGGGAUCUACUCCUGCCCGUCACUCCGACGUGUGA